CAUCGUCAUACAGUCUCAGCGUGAGGGUUCGUCGACGUAAAAAGAGUCAGUCAUCACGUCACGCGCUUAAGUGGGUAUAUUGUUGGUUAGCCACCGAAUACGUAUGCACAACGCUGCAGUCUGUCGAAAGCUGUGUUAUAGUUCGCUGCAUGUCACGAAGUGUCUUUACUUAGCGCCUAUCGUUCUGAUGACAGUAACCAAAGAGGCAUAGAAAUGCGCAUUGUGUUUGUGAAAUUCCGUGAAAUCACGCAGAAAUAUCCGAUAGUUCGUGGUAUGGUAUCCUACGCAGCCAUAUGGCCAGCUGGUUGUCUGUUGCAACAAAAAAUCACAGGCAGAAAGGAGUUAAAUUACAUGGAGGCAGUGCGAUUUAGUUUGUAUGGUAGUUUUUACGUAGCACCUACAUUAUAUUGCUGGCUUAGAUUUGCGUCUUAUCUUUGGCCAAAAACUAAUUUGAAAUCUGCAAUCACCAAGGCUCUAGUUGAACAAGUCACAUAUAGUCCUGCAGCUAUGUGUUCCUUUUUUUUUGGCAUGAAUUUUCUUGAAUUAAAGCCAGUUUCGGAAUGUAUUGAGGAGGUCAAAAUUAAAUUCUGGCCAACAUACAAGGUUGCUAUUUGUAUAUGGCCAAUUCUACAAACUGUUAACUUUGUUUUAAUUCCAGAGAGGAAUCGUGUUGUAUAUGUCAGUGUUUGUAGCUUGGUUUGGACAACUUUUCUUGCAUAUAUGAAAACACUACAAGCCAAACGAGAGCAAAAAAAGCUAGUAGAAAUCAAUAAUGUUAAUUCUAACAUUAUAUCAGAACAUAAAAUACAAACCAGUGAAAGAAGCCUGCAAAUUUCUCUUCUACGAUAAAAGUCAUAGGAAAUUUGAAAUGUUGUUAGAUUAAUUUAUUUAUACAUUAGGAUUGAAAAUUAUCUAGGACUGAAAAUUAUAUUUCUAUUUUAU